ACAACAAAAGCACUCACGCUGAAGGACAUUCUAAAUGGGACAUUUACUUACAAAACAUUUUUUCCUAACUGGAUUUCAGAAAAGUGUAAAUGCUUCAAGUUAUGGAUUAUCACCUGAUCGGCAAUUUGCUUAUCUAGAAAGUGAUUAUUCAAAGCUUUGGAGAUACUCUUACACAGCAACUUAUCACAUUUUUGACCUUAGGAAUGGAGAGUUUGUAAGAAGAAAUGAGCUUCCUCGUCCAAUUCAGUAUUUAUGCUGGUCGCCUGUUGGGAGUAAAUUAGCCUAUGUCUAUCAAAACAAUAUCUACUUGAAACAAAGGCCAGAAGAUCCUCCUUUUCAAAUAACACAUAAUGGUAGAGAAAAUAAAAUAUUUAAUGGAAUCCCAGACUGGGUUUAUGAAGAGGAAAUGCUUGCUACAAAAUAUGCUCUCUGGUGGUCUCCUAAUGGAAAAUUUUUGGCAUAUGCAGAAUUUAAUGAUACAGAGAUACCAGUUAUUGCUUAUUCCUAUUAUGGUGAUGAACAAUAUCCAAGAACAAUUAAUAUUCCAUACCCAAAGGCUGGGGCCAAGAAUCCUGUUGUUCGUGUAUUUAUUAUCGAUACCACUUACCCUGACCAUGUAGGUCCCAGAGAAGUUCCAGUUCCAGCAAUGAUAGCCUCAAGUGACUAUUAUUUCAGUUGGCUCACAUGGGUUACUGAUGAGCGAAUAUGUUUGCAGUGGCUAAAAAGAAUCCAGAAUGUUUCAGUCUUAUCUAUAUGUGACUUCAAGGAAAACUGGCAGAUAUGGGAUUGUCCAAAGACCCAGGAGCACAUAGAAGAAAGCACAAAUGGAUGGGCUGGUGGAUUCUUUGUUUCAACACCAGUUUUCAGCUAUGAUGCCAUUUCAUACUACAAAAUAUUUAGCGACAAGGAUGGCUACAAACAUAUUCACUAUAUCAAAGACACUGUGGAAAAUGCUAUUCAAAUUACAAGUGGCAAGUGGGAGGCCAUAAAUAUAUUCAGAGUAACACAGGAUUCGCUGUUUUAUUCUAGCAAUGAAUUUGAAGGCUACCCUGGAAGAAGGAAUAUUUACAGAAUUAGCAUUGGAAGCUAUCCUCCACGCAAGAAGUGCAUUACUUGCUAUCUAAGGAAAGAAAGGUGCCAGUAUUACACAGCAAGUUUCAGCGACUACACCAAGUACUAUGCACUCAUCUGCUAUGGCCCAGGUCUCCCCAUUUCUACCCUUCACGAUGGCCGCACAGAUCAAGAAAUUAAAAUCCUGGAGGAAAACAAGGAAUUGGAAAAUGCCUUGAAAAAUAUCCAGCUGCCAAAAGAGGAAAUUCAGAAACUUGAAGUGGAUGAAAUUACUUUAUGGUACAAGAUGAUUCUUCCUCCACAAUUUGACAGAUCAAAGAAGUAUCCCUUGCUAAUUCAAGUGUAUGGUGGUCCAUGCAGUCAGAGUGUAAGGUCUGUGUUCACUAUUAGUUGGAUAUCUUACCUUGCAAGUAAGGAAGGGAUAGUCGUUGCCUUGGUGGAUGGCCGAGGAACAGCUUUCCAAGGGGAUAAACUCCUGUAUGCGGUGUAUCGAAAGCUGGGUGUGUAUGAAGUUGACGACCAGAUCACAGCUGUCAGAAAAUUCAUAGAAAUGGGUUUCAUUGAUGAAAAAAGAAUAGCCAUAUGGGGCUGGUCUUAUGGAGGGUACGUUUCAUCCCUGGCCCUUGCAUCGGGAACAGGUCUUUUCAAAUGUGGCAUAGCGGUGGCUCCGGUCUCCAACUGGGAAUAUUACGCAUCUAUCUACACGGAAAGAUUCAUGGGUCUUCCAACAAAGGACGAUAAUCUGGAGCACUAUAAAAAUUCAACUGUGAUGGCAAGAGCAGAAUAUUUCAGAAAUGUAGACUAUCUUCUCAUCCACGGAACAGCAGAUGAUAAUGUGCACUUUCAAAACUCAGCACAGAUUGCUAAAGCACUGGUUAACGCACAAGUGGAUUUCCAGGCAAUGACACCAGCCCCUCUUUGUCACCAUUUUCCUUCCUUGGUUCCAGUUCCAACCACCAGCCACCAUCUGAAAAUACUUACCUACAAUAAGGUAUUUUUUGAGAGAGACAACAUUCACGCCUUUUAUUUCAGUGUUUGUUACAAUUGUCCUAUUUUAUUAUUACUUAUUGUAUAAAUACAACAAACUCCAUCAUUGGUGUGUAUACAUCGAAAAGAAUAUGGUAUCUACAGGGCAUGCACUCUGGGUGUUGGAAUGUAUCCCCCAAGGACAGGAGAGAACUCUAUGUGAAGUGGGCAUAAUUAAUAGUUUCUACCUCAUGUGGGUGAUUUCAAGUUUAUAUUAGUUACUAUUUGUAGAGUAAACUAUGUCUAGAAUACAGUAAGUAUUUUGUAGGGGUCUGCUAGAUGCAUAGGAUAAAUCACUUUUUAAUUAUCAUUUUCAGUAAAUUAGCUCUCAAUAAAUGAACAUAUGACUCAGAAGCCAAGACUCUCUUUCCCAUGUCAAUGAAUUUAGUGUAUCAGAAUCAUCAUUCACUGAGAAGUGAAUCUUGAUCUUUUUCUGAAACAAGGUGGCCUUUAAGGAAUCACCAAUAUUGGCAUCAUGACUACCUGAGCAGGUCCUCAUCCUUGGCACUGUAUCUCAACUGAGUCAUUCAUUUCUGCAUCUUAAUACCCAUAUGAAGAGACAAAUACUGGAUGGCAGUGAUGGAAACACUUUUUGGGGCAGACAGACUGCAGGGAAAUGUUUGGUUGAAGAACAAGGACAGUCAUUUGUCCAGUUUCAUACACAACUCACUAAGUACUACACAGGCCUUUGCCUCUGGCCUUGUCCCCACCAAUCCUGUAGUCCCCCGAAAUGUAGUCAUACUAAUCUCUGUUCUGCUUUCUUUGUGCUGAGCAAACAUUUCUGUUUCAAGACCUGAAAAGUGAUUUGCUCGGAUUUUCAUCUGACUAUGUCCUUGCCAUCUAAGUCCUAGAUACUGUCUCUGUUUCUUGAUCAGAAGAGUUAUAAACCCUUGAAAUUCUAGUUGGUCAAUUCCUUUAAAUUCAGAUUACACAUUUGGAGUCAUAAAAAACAAAUCUCAGGUGUCACUACCUUAGAAUUGCUCUGGUCACUGGAUUUAAUAUUGUUCCUACCAUGGCCAGAAACUCCGAAUCACCUUUCUAAUUUUGUUUAGUUGAUAGCACUUAUUAGCAUGAAAAUUAUUUUAUUUAGGUAUGUACUUGUUACCUCUUCCCUCCAUUCACAUAUAAACUCCUUAUAAGCCAUGGCUCUCUCUGUCUUUUACCUCUCUGUACUCAGAGAUAGACAGUCUCUGGAAUAAUGUAGGAGGAGCUCGAUAAAUAUAUGUUGACUAUAUUCCCAUAUUCUGUGACAGGAGAGUACAUGAAACUGAAAUUAUUAGGUGUGAUUUCAUGAUGGAAGCAGAUCUUGCCCUUUCUGCAACACAGUAAUAGGAACUUGCUAUUUCUCCCUGAAAACAAAGAGAAAAAAAUCUUCCAGCAGCAGAUAGUACAUAGGAGAAUGGGUUGGGGAGGACCUGAAUCUUAGCCAGAGAUCUAAAAGAGGUUGGUCUUUGAAACAAAAAUAAUUUGGGUUAGGAAAAGAAAACACAGCCCACUGUCCUGUCCUAUCUCAGAUACUUGCUGCCUCUCGAUGAAUCACCAGAACAUUGCAGAUUGAGAGAGUUUGGCACAAAAUGUUCAGACUAGAAAAAGUCAGAUAAAUCUCUAAAGUGCCAUUGAUUACACUAGCAGAUUUCAUUUUAAAACCCAGUAUUUUUAAGAAUAUAUUUUACUUAAUAAAUAUAUUUCAUUUACUAAUGCUUUCCUUCACAUUUCAAAGCAAGGAUACUCAUGGUAGAUACUGUCUCUGUUUCUUGAUCAGAAGAGUUAUAAACCCUUGAAAUUCUAGUUGGUCAAUUCCUUUAAAUUCAGAUUACACAUUUGGAGUCAUAAAAAACAAAUCUUUGGAAAUAUGUCUUCCAAAGGUUUCACAUUUCAGAUUAUCUUGUUCUAUUUGACCAUUCAGCAUGGCUGAGUUGAACAUUCUAGAAUCCCAUUACCUGCCUUUUUCAGGAAUUCCAGAAAGAGGAUGUGGAAUGCUUUUUCAGAUGGGCUUUGUUACAUAUUGCCAUCAUUAAUCAAAGUUUCAUCAUAGAGUAUAAAUAAACACAACUCUAGUAGCAGGCCCUUAUCAGCCAUUAUUAGAAUUAUGUGCAGUUAAUGAAGUGGUCAUGAAGUGACUGCUUAAAUAAACACUUGUAGGGCGACUUUCAAAAUGGAGUCUAUGCCUUCCACUACAACUCAGUGACUUCGAUGGCAUUUGCAUCUUGUUCAUGGUGUCUCUGAAAAUUUUUGUGUAUGAAGACAAGUUAUCCGAUAUGUAAAUCCAACUUAUAAGUGGACUCAAUAUGAUAUUUAGCUUCCCAAUCUUCCUGUCACCUCUUUCCUACUCACCAGUAUUUCUUUUCAAUGUCUUCUUUCUGAUGUUACCCCUCCACUGUGUCUUUCCACACUUGCCCUGCAACCAAUUCCACACCUUGACCAUGGAUCUAUCGAGGGGGGCAGUGUGGGUGAACUUCAAAGAUAUCACACAAGAGUAGCCCCCAAAUUGGCAUCAGGUGCAUCUUGCCAAUAGUGGUCAGGCUGCCAGAUCAGAGGCUCCAGAAAUAAAAGCAUAAAUUAUAAACCUUAGUUUUAUUCCUCUAAUUUUCAGAAAGCAGAAUUGAAAUGUGAAAUACAAAAUAAGUAUUUUGUAUCUCUUUUCUGUUUUAGUUAGUAGUUAACUAUGUGUGCUUAAAAAAAAAAAAACGAUAUGUGCCUCCAGGUUGCCAAAGCACUUACAACAAACCCAGACUACUCUCAUUAUUUACUUUUUCAAGUAAUUAAGAGUCAUAAAAUAUUGUCCAAAUAAUCUCUUUGGUGAAAAGUUGUGCCUAGUGAAACACUGCAUAGGAAACUCCAGUAUUAGUUCCUUGACUUAGAUUUCAAAUCUUUGCACGGCAUUUCCAUUAGGAAUCUAUCAUUAUCAAAGUGUAAAAAUUUUGUCAUAAACUUUAUAAAUAAUAAUGCAAUAGCCAAUCAUCCUGUUGUCAUAUU